ACGGGUGCACAUACGAAAGAAAAGAAAAAUCACAUACGCAUUAAGUAUUCUCGAGGUGCUACUAUAUGUAGGCGAGCACUGUCUCGCACGAAUCAGUCACAUUUUCCACACAAAUUACCGAUCAUUGAAUACUGCAAUAUCCACACGUAUAGAAAUAAAACAGAAAAUAAAGAAACCAAUGGAAACUAUAGAAAAUAUUGUUUAAGCUGAAGAUUACAACUAUAACAAAUUUCGUACAUUAUUUCAAAAAUUUGUCCACUAACUACUAAAUAAUUCAUUGGCAAAUAUAGAGACUGCAAGUGUGAAGAUUCUGAAACAUGGAUACAAUCAAUAAAGGGUUGAAUAAGACGAAUACUCUCGGAGAGUUCUACGCUCGCAGUGGGAUUCUUGUGACUGGAGCAACCGGUUUCGUUGGAAAAGCUCUCUUGGAAAAACUGAUCCGCGUGUUUCCUCGCAUUGCUGCCAUUUUUAUAUUACUGCGUCCAAAAACGGACGAAACGAUAGAAGAACGAUUUAAGAAGCUCAUAGAUGAUCCCAUUUACGACGCCAUCAAAGCAAAACACUCCUCGGUUUUGAGCAAAGUUUAUCCCGUGAAAGGUGACGUGAAUCUGCCGGAUUUAGGUCUUUCGCGAGAAGACAGAAAUCUGCUGUUAGAGAAUGUAAACGUAGUGUUUCACGUCGCGGCCACUGUGAGAUUCGACGAGCCGUUACACGUGGCUGUUAAUAUCAAUACCAAAGGUACUGCUCGUGUCAUCGAACUUUGGAACGAAAUAAAGCAUCCAAUUAGCUUCGUCCACGUUAGCACAGCUUUUAGUAAUGCGAAUCUACGUGAGAUCGAGGAAAAAGUUUACACUACGAGCUUGAAACCUUCAGAGGUGAUCGAUAUGUGUGACAGUUUGGACAAAACGUUCAUCAACGAAAUAGAGAAAAUGAUUUUAAAAACUUAUCCAAAUACAUACACAUUCAGUAAGAAUUUAGCAGAGCAGAUUGUAGCAUGCAAGAGUAAACACCUGGCAGUUGCGAUAGUACGGCCAAGCAUAAUUGGUGCCUCCUUGGAAGAACCAUGUCCUGGUUGGAUAGAUAAUAUUUCUGCAUAUACAAGUAUUUACAUAAAUCUUUUUCAACAGUAGUUGUUCAAUAUUCCUUACAUUUCACCGAAGUAGAGUUAAUCGAUUAGUUUGUGAGAGGCUAAAUGAGUGGCUUUUCCACUAGAUCAUCAGUAUUAUAUUGUUCAAAUUUGUUGUUGCUCACUAUUACGUGAAUUCAUUCCUAUC